CCGGUUAGGAAUCUCGGAGCUUCGGACGACUUGCACAAGAACACAAAGCUAGCUUAUUUAUACACCAUACUAGAAAUAAUAGAAUCAGCACACAACCAAAAAAAAAAAAAUGAUUGUCAUCAUCCUUUCCAUUCUCUUCUUCUCAGCACUCCUCCUCUCAUCUCUCUUUCCAACCCUCACCGAUCGCCGCCGCCCUCCCCUGCCUCCAGGGCCAAAAGGCUGGCCUUUGGUCGGCAACCUCCUCCAACUGGGCACCAAGGUACACCAAACCCUUCAGCACCUAUCAAACUCUCAUGGUUCUUCCGGCCUCCUUCGUCUCCGCUUAGGCACCGUCGACGUCAUCGUCAUAUCCUCCGCCUCGGCUGCCGCCAAGUGCUUUCGCAGCCACGACGCCAAACUCAGCAGCCGCCCCCCGAAUUCGCUGGGCAGGCACUUUGCCUACAACUUCCAAGAUCUCAUAAUGGCGCCCUACGGGCCGCGGUGGCGGAUGCUCAGGAAGAUCUGCGCCACGCAUCUAUUCUCAACUAAGGUCCUGGAUAGCUUCCAGCACGUGCGUGAAGACGAAUUGGCGACGCUCGUUCGCGACCUGGCUUCAGACAGAGAUGCGGUGAUUGAUGUGGGAGCGGUGGUCAACUCGUGCGCAACAAAUGCUCUGGCACGUGUGUUAGUUGGACGGCGGGUGAUCGUCGGAGGCGAGGAGGCGGCCAAGUUCAAGGAAAUUGCCGCGGAGAUAUCGAAAGUUGCAGGGGAAUUCAAUGUUGGAGAUUUUGUGCCUUGGAUCGAUUGGCUAGACCUACAGGGCCUGAAUAAAAAGAUGAGGAGAAUCCGGGAACGAUUUGGCGAAUUUCUGGACAAAGUAAUCGAAGAGCACCGUUUGCAGAGAGUCAAUCACACUAAAGAUUUUCUCAGUGUGCUUAUUGAGAUGAAUGGCAGCGCAGAAGGGGAGCAGGAUGAGAUCAUCGACAUCAACAUCAAAGCUUUGCUCCAGGAUAUGUUCAUUGCAGGAACUGAAACUGUGUCUAUUACGGCAGAAUGGGUAUUAGCGGAGCUCAUUCGCCACCCACAUAUUCUUGCUCGUGCCCAACAUGAGCUCGACUCCGUCGUCGGGCGUGAUCGAUUUAUAUGUGAGUCGGAUCUAUCAAAAUUUCCUUUCCUCCAUGCUAUUGUCAAGGAGACCUUGCGGCUACAUCCCCCGCUCCCUCUUUCUCUCCCCCGCAUGACGGUUGAAGACUUUGAGAUCGAUGGCUAUCUCAUUCCCAAAGGUGUUACCGUACUUAUUAAUGUUUGGGCUAUUGGUCGUGAUUCCGCCUCUUGGCCCGAUGAUCCCUGCAAAUUCAAUCCUGAUCGGUUCGGCUCGAGUUCGCUGCAUGCAAAUGUUGAUGCUAAAGGAAACGACUUCGAGUUAAUACCUUUCGGUAUUGGGCGAAGAAUGUGCGCCGGAAUAAAUCUGGGCCUUCGAAUGCUUCAUCUCAUAACAGCCAUAUUAUUACAUUCUUUUGAUUGGACGAUGCCAGACGGUUAUAUGGCCGAAAAGUUGGACAUGGAGGAGAGUUAUGGGGUGUCUAUGCCUAAAGUAAAGCCACUUAUGGCUAAAGCAAUGCCAAGGCUCGCACCUAAUACAUAUCUUUAAUUUUUGUAUGCAUGUCAUCUUAAUUUUGCAUGAAAUAAUUUUGUCUAGAUAAUGACCUAUCAAAUACAAUUGUGUAAUGUUGAACUAUUUAUCAUCC